AUGGAUUGCUUAAACAAAUUCGACGCGAACCACCUAGCCGCGGAGAGCAAGGGGGAAGAGUACUACAGGGAAAAUAUGGCCACAAGGAGGAAACUAAAAAAUUGCUGUAAACGGUGGAGUGACGAUAAGAACAACAGAGACUUCUUUGUCAGCCAUAAAAACGAAAUUGAUGAGAAUUCUUUUUUUAAAAUUUUAAAAAAAACAUGGAACUUGCUAUUUUUUAAUGAAGAAAAAAAUGGGAAAUUACUUUAUGGUGAAGGAGACCAAAAU